GCCCGACGGCGAGAUCAAGAUCUCCAGCAGGCCCUUGGAAGGGAACACGACGGCGAAGCUCUCCUUCCAGGAGCCGGACUACGCCACGUUUGAGCCCAGCCAGUCGUACCGUCCGCGCCAGGAGUACCUGCCGCCCGAGGGCACCGUGACGGGCGAGACGGUGUGCCGCAUGUCGUACAAGCCGGUGCCGCUCGCGCCCAAGGAGGACUACCCGUGGGCCGCCAAGAAGAGGUACGCGCCGCCGGCCACCACCAUGGACGGCGCCACGGUGUACAACCAGAGCUUUACGACGAGCUGCGAGGACGCGCGGCGCUGCCCGUACAAGCAGCCGGACCACGGCGACCUCAUCAGCAUGGGCGCCUCCAACGACGGCCUGUCCUGCUACGGCGCCAGCUUCGAGCCCACCGAGGGCCACGUCCACAUCCAGCGGCCCGAGGCCACCAAGCCCGACGACAACCUGCGCACUGGGGUGGGCGACGUGGCCAAGGACACCAUCAACAAGAUGAGCUUCCCCGGGUGGCCGGGGGUGGCGCCGCCGCAGUCCAUCGCGCCCCCGCCCAGCAUCCUGGCCAUGCGGGGGCCCAUGUCCAGGACGACGACCACCCGCCACGACUACACGGCCAAGGGCGCCGAGAAGCCCGCCAUCAUCGUGCCCGACGGCGAGAUCAAGAUCUCCAGCAGGCCCUUGGAAGGCAAGACGACGGCGGCCAUGUCGUUCCUGGAGCCCGACCUGUCGCGGUUCGAGCGCCAGAAGUCGUACGCGCCGGCGCGCUGCUACAACCCUUCGCGCGCGCCCUUCGACGGCACGACCGUGGCCAGGAUGUCGUACACGGGCGAGCAGCCGACCGGGCCCCUCAUCGUGGCCGCACGGGGCAGGCCCGCCCUCGAGCCGCUGUCCGAGGAGGAGCGCGCCAAGAACACGGCCCGGGAAUGUUCUUGACAUGAGCAAAGAAGUCUAUGGAGUCAUUUUACCUGAAAGUAUAGCAUCCUUCAUGGGUCUGCUUGCAGUCGAUUCUCGUUGGGAAUGGCCCAGAGCCCAGCCAAUAUUGAAAAUGGGAUGGACAGUGGACCUGAGCCUGAGCGAUAUAAGAAAAGUAAGUGAAUUGGUACAUCUUUAUGACCUCAAAAUCAGAACUAGUAGAAAUUUUAAAGGAGCUUAACAUGUAAAGAUUAGUUUAAUGCUCAGUGAUUUAAACACAAAUAUUGAAUUCGAAGACUUGAUGAAAAUAAAUAGUGCCAUUCUAAGCAAAAUUGUGACCGUUCUUUACAUGAAAUUGUACUCACCGUGUAAAACGAUCCAAGCAUUGUAGUCUGACGAUGGAAGUUUGCCCUCAGUACAGAGGGAUCAUCCUCAUCAUCAAUCUCCAAAGGAAAAAUAAACAUCCACAUCAAUUCAA